AUGGAGAAGAAUGAGGAUUCUAUAAAAAGCAAAAGCUUUUUGAAUUAUACUCAACUAAACUGGCAGAAAAUAAAUUUUAUCUUUUUAGUUUUUUUACUAGGAAUAAAAACAUUUUUUUGUAUAUUAUUAUAUAUAUAUAAUCAUAUAUUACUAUUUUUUAUAUUCUUUGUAUUAACAGUAAUAUCUUUUUAUGCAUUACUAGUAAAUUCAUUUAAAGCCCUUACUUUUUAUAUAGUAAUAUUAACAUUGAUAUUAACAUAUGUUUUUCUUUCUUUUUAUAAUGUUAUCAAUGCUGUAUAUAUAACAAAUAUUUUUAAGGAAACACUGAUUUCGGAUGUAUUAUAUUCUAUUUUCCCUUUUUUAAUAAUAGAGUAUUUUGUUGCAAUCAUUUACACUUCCUUAAAAAAAAGGAAGAAAAGUUAUAUACAAAAAAAAUUAAAAGAAUUAAAAAUAGUAAUUGAUGGACAAAAGGGUGAAAAAAAAGAUGAUAUUUUAUCUUUACAAAUAGAUUUAGAAAAAAAUGAACUAAACACAUGUAACAAUAAUUAUAAAUACUAUUUAACACAAUAUAAAAAUAAAAAAUAUAUAUGCAUAGAAAAAAAGAUUGACUACUCUAGUGAUGAAACUGAUUUUAUUUUGGAAUUAGAAAAAUUUGAUAAAAAAAAAAAUAAAGAUACUCAAAAAAUAAAAAAUAAAAAAAAACCUUACAUAAAAAAAGAUUCUACUCAUGAAGUGAGUGAAGAUUUAAGUUUUAUUCAUUGGGGAAUUAAAAAUUAUGAAAAAAAAAAUGAACAUAGUCACAUGAAAGGAAAAUUAAAUAAAAAAGAACAAAAAGAAAGAUAUUCUAAUAAAAGUGUAAAAAGUGAUAAUAUUCAAAAUGAAAAAAUUCUUGUCAAUAAAAAUAUGAAUAAUAUAGAUAACGAAAAUAGAAACAUUAAAAAUGAAGAUACUAAAAAUAAAAAUGAUAACUGCAUAGAUAAUGGACAAAGAAAAAAAGAAACAUAUAUUAAUAAAAUAUUUUCUAUUGAUAUAAAUAAGCAAAGUCAAUAUAUUACAGACAGUGCUAUGGCUUUAGAGGAAAAACAAUGUGAGAAUGAAAUAGAGGAGAAUGUUUCAAACAAUAGAAAUUAUAUAAUAGUAAUUAACCAUCCAGAUAAUGCACUAGAUGAUUUUAAUUCUUUUAUAUCUCAAAAUAACAAUAAUUUGGGAAAUGAUAUUGCUGAAAUGAAUAAAGAUACAAAAAAAAUAGAAACAGAGAGUUUAGAACAAAAAAUUGAUAUAUUAGCAAAUAAUGAAGAAGAAAAUUGCAUAAUUGAAGAUUUUAUUGGAAAAAGUUUAGAAGAAUUAAAAAAAGUAGAAGAUAAAUUAGAAAUAAAUUGUAUACCAUAUGAAUAUAAAAAAAAAUCAACAGAAAUUGAAAUAGAACAAGAAAUAAAAAAAAUAGGAAGUUUAAUAGAAAAAAACAGAGAAAAAAUAAUAAAUGAUAAAAAAGAAGAAUUAGAAAAAGAAGAUUCAACUAAUGAAGGUAAAGAAAUGUUAAAAUGUGAAGAAAAAGAUAAAAUGGUUAAUAUACUUUUAUUAGAUAAUAAUGAUAUUGUACAAAAUGAAGAAAACAAAAAUGAUAAGAAAAAUUUAUUAGAAUUAAAAAAUUCUACUUUAAUAAAAAGGGAAAAUCAAUUUAAGAGUUUCUUAUUGAAUGAUGACGAAAUUCAACAAGAUCAGUAUUUAGAAAAUAAAAUUAAUGAACAAAAGGAUGUAAAAACUGUAAAAAUAGAUAAAGAAUUUAGAGCUAGCUUUAUCAGUAUAUUAAAUGAAGAAAAUAAAGAAAACGCUGAAUUCUCAAAUAUAAUGAAAAAUAUAGAAAAAAAAUCUACAUUAAAAAAAAAUGACGAAUUCAUAAGUAACACUAUGAUAAAAUACCAGAAAAAUCCAAGCAUAAAUAUUACAGAAAAAGUUAAAAAUACAAAUAAUAAUAUUGAUAAUAAUGAUAAUAAAGAUAAUACUGAUAAAAAAUUAGAGAGUAAUAGUGAUAUCUUAGUUAAUGAAGUAAGUUUCGAUAUUAGAAAUAAUUAUGAAGGAAUGAUAUUUUGUGAUAAUAUUAAAAAUAGUGAAAUGAAUGAAUGUAGCAAAUUAAAAAAUGAGGAGAAAUCAAUAACAUAUAAAAAUAUGUAUGAAGAUUUUAAAAUUAUUCAUUCAUUAGAAGAAGAAAAAGAAGACGAUAAUGAAAAUGAAAGUAUAAAUUCUUUAGGAAUUAUAGAAAAAAAUAAAGGUCCCCAUACCAAAAAAGAAGAAGAAUAUAAAGAUAAUAAAUGUUUUGAAAAUUCACAAAGCUUGAACUUCACAAAUAAUACAAAAUUAAAAAAUAGUGAUAAAAUUAAUAAUGAAUAUAAUAAUGAAGGAAAUAGUUUGAAUAUUAUAAAAAAUGAAUUAAAUACAAAUGAAAAAAGUUCAAUUUUUGAUUCGAAUAAUAUUUCUAUUAAUACAAAGAAAAUAAAAAAUAAUUGUGAAGAUGAAGAGUUUCAAAAAAUAGGUGAUAUUAAUAAUAGAGAAAGUUGGAAAAGGAUAGGUAAAAAAGAUAUAGAAAAGUUAAAGGAAUCUGUUAAUCCGGAUAACAUAGAAGAUAUACAAAUUGACAAUUUUUAUAAAAAAAACAAAAAAGGAGUAAAUACAAAUUAUUCCUCAGUUUCCAUUAAUUCUAGCGACCUUUCUACUUUUAUAAAAAUUCAAAAAAAUGAAAAUGAGGAUACAAAAACAAAAGAAGAAGAAAUUCUUAAUGAAGAAGUACAUAACAAAAAGGAAAUGAAUAAUUUCAAAAUAAAAAGUUUAGAUAAUAUAUUUUUAAAUAAUAAUAAGCAACAAAAUGGCAUUGAUAAUUUCGAAAAAGAAAAAUUUAAAGAAUAUUCAACUAAUGAUAUGAUGAAUAAAAACUCAAAAGACAGUACCCAAAAUAUUCUUUAUGAUCAAUCUGAAUUAUACAUAAAAAAUAAUUCUAAUUUUCUUUAUAAAAGCAAUGAACAUAUGCAAAAUGAUAAAGAUUAUAAAAGAAAUGAGUCUCAUGAAAAAUCGGAAGAAUAUUUAGAAAAUAAUAAUAAUCUAUUUUAUUCUUGUGUAAGUAAUUUAGCAAAUGCUGAUUAUAAAAAUUAUGAAGAUAUAAUAAAAAAUAAUUCUAAAAUUACGGAUACUUUUUUGUAUAAUAGAAUAUAUAAAGAAAGUGAUAAGAGUAAUGAAAUAAAUCCCAAUAGUGCUAGUAGUAUAAAUAAUAUUUUUAAUUCAAUAAAGAAUGUAAAGGAUUUCAAUAGCAUAAAUGAAUGCUCAAGUAUAUUAAACAGUUCCUCUAUUGUUGUAAAAAAUUCAAGUGUUAUGAAUGAAUCAAAUGCAACUAAUUAUUUGAAUGUUAUAAAUGAUUCUAAUAAUAAUAAAAAUUCAUUCAUAAAUAAUUCUAACGAUAACGAAAAUGAUUACGAACUUAAUUCUAAUGCAAUAUUCCAACAAAGAAAAAAGUUUUUUGAAAAUUUAAAUAAAGAAAAAUCAUCAAAUAAUAUUCAAAGAAAAAUAAAAUGUAAUAAUGAAAAAGAUAAUUUAGAGAAAGAUAAUAGUAAUAUAAAUGAAACUUUAAAUUCUGAUUCAUCUAUAAAUAUGUAUAGAAAUAGAAAUUAUCUAAAUAGGAGGGAAAAAAACCAAUAUUAUAGCAGUAAAGAUGAAAAUGAAAUUGAAUAUCAUAUAGAAAAAUGUGCAAAAUUAAAGAAAACGAAGAAUAAAAAUGAAAACUAUUAUGUGAUAAAUGAUAAAAUAAAGAGUAAAUUAAAAGAAAAUGGAUUGAAAAUGGACAGAGACGAAGAGGUAAUUUUAUCUAAUGAAUUAACUAAAAACAUAUAUAAUAUUAAAGGAAAUGAAAAAGAUAAAAAAAUAGAAGAAACUAAUGAUUUUGAAAACAAAAGAAAAAUGACACAACAUUUUGUUAUAUAUGAUCAAAGUGAUAUAUCAUCUAGUAGGAAAACUGGAGAAAAUAUAAAAUCAAAUGAAGUCUUUGAUUUUGAUAAGAAAAAUGAUUUUGAAAUUGUAAAUUUUAGUAAAGUUAAAAUAAAUAACUGUUCUUUUGCUUCUAAUUUUAAGCUGAAAAAAGAUAAUGAAAAUAUUUCAGAAAAAAUAACUCUGACUAAUAAAGAAAUUAUAAACAGCAGUUUUAAUACAGAUAUUACCAAUAAUUCAUAUUUUUAUAUGAAUAAAAGUAUGAAUAAUAUAAUUAAUCAAAUAAAAAAUUACGCUAAUCACACUAACACAAGUUUUCUUGAAGAAAAAAUCAAUUUGGAUAUUUUAGUAAGCGAAAAUCAAAACAAUUUAUUAAAGAAAAAAAAACUUACUGAACUAAAAAAGAAAAACAACUUUAUUGAUUUCAAUGAAAUUAAUUCCAAUGAAAUUAAAAAUUGUGACCAUAUUGUUUCAUACAAUAAGUUAAAUGAUAUAAGCAUGAAUUGCUUAAAUGAAAGUAUAUAUAAUAAAAAUGUAGGUUUAAUACCUUCCCCUUCCUUUAAUGAUUUUCAUUAUAAUGAGAAAAACAGUUUUCCUAAUUCUCAUGAUUUUAUAAAAUUAAAUAAUGAAGAAUUUAAAAUAAAUUCAAAAGAACAGAAAGGGAAAAAUAUGAAGACAUAUCCAGAUAAUUUUUAUGAAGAGGUAUGUGAAAAGGAUAGUUACAUAAGUGAAGAAGAAAAAAAUAAAAUGUUAAGUGAAAAAGAAAUUGGAGAAAAUAAAAAUUGUACAAAUGAUGAUACCCAUGAAGCAAAAAAAAAUAAAUUAAAGAUUAAAAAGAAAAAAGAACAAGAAAAAAGUGAAAUUACAAAAAUAGAAGAAAAAGAGGAAAAAGAAAUAGAUAUAAUUAAUGAAUAUGAAGAAAAAAUUGAAGAUGAAAAAGAUGAAAAAAAUGAAAUAGAAAAAAGGGAACAUAAUAAAGAAGAAAAUAAAGAGUUAAAUGAUGAAAGUGAAAAAAAAACAAAGAAAUUUAAUGAUCUAACUCAAAAAAAUCAAGAAACACAUGAAAAUAAAGAAAUGCAAGAAAACAAAGAAAUGCAAGAAGAUAAAGGAAUCCAAGACGAUAAAGAGAUACAGGAAGAUAAAGAAAUACAAGAAGAUAAAGAGAUACAGAAAGAUAAAGAAAUACAAGAAGACAAAGAAAUACAAGAAGAUAAAGAGAUACAGGAAGAUAAAGAAAUACAAGAAAGUAAAGAAGAAAUACAAGAUAAAGGAAUUCAAGAAGACAAAAAAAUACAAGAAGAUAAAGAAACACAGGAAGAUAAAGAAAUACAAGAAGACAAAGAAAUACAAGAAGAUAAAGAGAUACAGGAAGAUAAAGAAAUACAAGAAAGUAAAGAAGAAAUAC